AUGCCUUCGAGAGUAUCAGGCCCGGCCUGUAUAACAUGCCGUGAAAAGUGUCGCAAAUGCGACCGCACACAACCCAGCUGUCAGCGAUGCAUUUCCAAAGGCCUUGAAUGCAAAGGAUAUCCCGAAAAAUAUCGCUUUGUGCGGUUGACCACCUGGGGAAAGUGGAAAGGUCGGGCAUUUCCUACUGUGGGCCACAAUAUUCCUCAGACUCAAACUGCAGAUAAUCCUCCAAGCGUCAGUCAAGUACUUAACACCCACACAAGAUCUUCUGCUACUUUAGUCGAUCCGGAUGUUGAAUUUUUCUUUUCGAGCGCAGAUCAUCCGCUGUCACAUCGAGGACGAACUGUGGAGUUGGAUGAUUUACUAAUGCUAGAAAGAACAGAGCUUUUAUUGUCGCAUUGUGGGCUGGACAUAAUCAGGUCCCUUGCAGACCCGCAAAAGCUGUGUUUCCCUCCCUCCCUCCGCGAAACAAUCGCCAAAUUAAGUGAUCUUAAAUUUGAGCAAGUAAACGGUUGUCCACGCGAGCUCUUCCUCAUAAUAGGAACUGUUAUGGAGCAUGCAAAAGCCCAUGAAGCAGGCCAUAUGGACACACUUCAGUACGAGCGUUUUCUCAAUGCCGCCCGGGAUGAGCUCCACGCAUGGCGUCUUUCGCCAGGCAUAUAUCCAAGCGACCAUUCACGCUGGCCGGCAGUCGCUGAGGCAUUCCGACACGCUUGCAUACUACACACAUCCCGCUUGUUGGAUGUGUACCAACCAGCUGAGGCGACAAUGAUACAAAUAUCUGUGACAGCCAUCCUUGAUGCUAUUGCGGAAAUUCCGCCUGGCUGUCAUCUGAUUGAGUUGCUAGUCAUGCCUCUAUUCAUGGCUGGGACUGAUGCUCUGUCUUCUUAUGCUCGUCAUUAUGUCCUCCUGCGGUUCGAUCAUAUCAAGGCUAGAGCAGGGUUUGGGCAUCCGGCUCCGCUAUCGCUACUUCAGUCAGUCUGGGAUGCGCGUGGGAGCCAGAUAAAGGAUGAUAAUCGCAAUGUUCCUUGGAUGUCGUUUACUCGCACGGAAUCAGAGCACCAGCAUGAUUAUCUAAUCAUUUAA